GGAAGGAAGUCACCCGGGGGAUUUUUUUAUCUCUCUUUCCUUCGCUCGCAGCCACCUACGCACCCCCAGAACCCCGACUUGGAGCGCAGCACGCCCGGGACCCCCUCACCAGGCCCGCAAAGAGACCCCCGGCACAGCAGAGCUCCCUCCAUGGCCCCGCUGGGCGAGCAGACGCCGCUGAUCGGGGCCCGCUCCUGCAGCCUCUCCUCGGGCGAGAGCGGAGCCCUGCGGGUGCUCCUGUACCACCAGCUCGGCCCCAGCCUCGGGCCCGGCUCGCUCAGCUUCACCUGCGGCCGCUACACGGCCGAGGAGCUCUGCGUGAGCGCUGCCAAAGCCUGCGGCGUUCUGCCCGUGUGCCACCCGCUCUUCGCCCUGGCCACGGAGGACCUGAGCUGCUGGUUCCCCCCCAACCACCUGUUCACCGUGGAUGAAUCCCGCAGCCAGGUCGUGGUGUACAGGAUCAGGUUCUUCUUCCCCAACUGGUGCGGGCAGGGACAGUGCCACCGCUUCCAGCUGCUGAACGACCGGGCCAGCCCUGUCCUGGACUACCCUGUCAUUGAUUACCUGUUCGCUCAGGUGAGCUCGUGCCUGCCCGCUCCGCUGCGGAGCCAGAUCGAGCAGCACAACUUCGUGACCCGCAAGCGCCUCCGCCGCCGCUUCGGCAAAUCCCUGCGGCGCCUGGGGGGCUGCUGCCACACGGACGGGCCGCACCUGAAGCUCAAAUACCUGCUGGACCUGGAGCGGCUCCAGCGCCGCCGCAGCGAGGAGAUUUUCCAGGCGCGCUCCCCCGGUUCGGCGGCGCCCAUCACCAUCCACGUGUCCGGCGACAGCGGCGUGGCCUGGAGCUGCGGGGGCUCCGAGAGCCGCCAGCACUUCUGCGACUUCCCCGACAUCGCCGACAUCAGCAUCAAGCAGGCGGCGAGCCGCGAUGGGGGCCCCGUGGAGAACCGGCUGGUCACCGUCACCAAGGUGGACAACCGGGUGCUGGAGGUGGAGUUCGGCACGCUGAGGGAGGCUCGGUCCUUCGUGGCGCUGCUCGAUGGCUACUACCGACUGACGGCGGAUGCCCAGCACUACUUCUGCAGGGAGGUGGCACCUCCGAGGCUGCUGGAGGACCUGGAAAAUCAGUGCCACGGGCCCAUCAGUGCCGAGUUCGCCGUGCACAAGCUGGAGGCGGCCGGGGGGGCCCCGGGGCUGUUCCUGCUGCGCCGCAGCCCCCAGGACUUCGACAGUUUCCUGCUGACCGUCAGCGUCCAGGUGAGACCCCCGGAACACCGGGCACG